CAACGAAAACCUACCAAUCACAAUGUAGAAAAGUGACCUUCAAGUACUCCUCUCCAUAAUUGAUUUGUGCCAGCACCAUUUAUCACAAGCUGCCGCACACUUGAAAGUUACCAUCUUCUUUCCGGUUAUUUUAACAAUAACUGGACAUCAACAUGUCAAAUUCAUUGAAAUUGUUAAAAAGUAUCAAAAAUUGGAAUAUUUUAACUGGACUAUGCAUACGUCGACCUGCAGUUAUUGCACCUGAAUUCACACCUCUUGAAAAACAAAUAGCUGAACUAUACGAAAAAGUGGAAUUUGAAAAUAGUCAUUUAUCUGCACAUGAAUUACGCCAUGAAACUGAAACAAAAAAUAUUGCUUUAGCUCUUUCAAAAGGCACCAAUAAUAAUAUCAAAGAAACUCUAAUAACAGCUCGUGAAGCAGAAUUAAUGUGGGAAGCAGAGGCGGAAAAGUUUAAACCAGCAGAUCGACUAACAGAGAAUGACAAAAAUGGAAAUUUAAAAUCUGCUUGGCGUGUAUUGGAUAGACCUUUAUUUCUGUUAGUUCAAUCCUCAAAAGACAUUUACAAUGGAUGGAGUCUGCCAAGUGCACCAGUCGUCAAUGGAAAGAAUUUAAGACAGACUGCAGAUUUUAUAGCGACUAGUUUAUUACCCUCAAGAGCUAAAUGGUCUAUAUUUGGUAAUGCUCCAGUUGCUGUUUGGUUAUCUCAAGAUCAGAAUGACAAAGAUACAGGCACUCAGGUGUACUUUUAUAAUGUAUAUGUUGAUAGACAUUGGCACGGUGAAGAUUUAAACAUCAAUAAUGAGGCUUCUUCGUUUGCCAGUAUUAAAGACUAUGCAUGGAUAUCAACAAAUGAAUUUAAAAACUUUAUCAAGCAUAAAAAACUUUUACAAACUUUAAAAUCAUUUGCUGUAGAGUAUUAAUUUUCUCUUUUAAUUUACUCAUUUUUACUAUAUUAAAUGUUGUAAAUAGUUCUUUAUAUAUAUAUGUAUAUAUAUAUAUAUUCAAAUAAAGUAACUUUUGAUUGAUC